AUGGUCGUCUCCUCCAUCCGCCUCCUCUCCGCUACGAACCCCACCAAAUCAGCACCAACCCCCACUCCCCUUCACCCCGUUUGCCACAAUCCCGAUCCUGUAGCAGCUCAUCCCCCUCCUCCUCCUCCCACUACCACCCUCCUGUCCCUGGCGGACCGCCUCCGCGGGGUCUUCCUCCAGAAACCCCCCGGCCGCGCCGCCCUCCACCGAGCCCUCUCCUCCACGGGGCUCGACGCCCUCUCCCCGGAGGUUCUCUCCGAUGUGGUCAGCCGCGGCAACCUCAGCGGUUCCGCCACCGUCGGCCUCUUCGACUGGGCCAUCUCCAGCGCCAAGCUCCCCCCUUCCGUGCAGACCUGCAACAUCGUCAUCAGGGCUCUGGGCAGGAGGAAGUUCUUCACCUUCGUCGAGCCUGCCGUGGAGGUAAUGCGGAAAAACGGCAUCUUGCCGGACCUAAUCACGCUGCAGAUCAUCAUGGAUACCCUGGUUGCCGCCAGGCAGGUCAACAAGGCCGUCCAACUGCUCCAGAGCGACCAACUGGGGAUAGGAAUCGAGCAAACUUGCCACAGAAAGGAGGCCUUCUCUGCUCUCAUCGAAUGUCUCUGCCGGAGGUCACAUGUUGGGGUCGCUAGCUCGCUGAUACAAGCCGCCCAUGGACAACCUUUCGUUCUUGAUAAGCAAGUGUACAAUGACGUGCUUGGCGGCUGGGCUAGGUCCAUCAGUUAUUACAAGGAUAUGGUGGAAAAUAAUUGUCCUCCAAACAGUGACACAUACUGCAAGAUGAUUGGAGCCCUUUUGAAAACGCGCAGGGUGGCUGAUGCACUUCAAAUGUUUGAUGAAAUGUUGGCUCAAGGAGUUCUGCCAGAUACAGGCGUAAUUACAUCAUUCAUCGAGCCGCUUUGCACGUUUGGCCCCCCUCACGCUGCUCUGAUGAUCUACCAAAAGAGUAGGAAGGCUGGUUGUACAAUAUCCCUGAAAGCAUAUAAGCUUCUGCUUGAAAGGCUUGCCAGGUUUGGGAAAAGCGGGACAGUGUUAAAGAUUUGGGAGGAGAUGCAAGAGAGCGGGUAUCCUUCCGAUAAAGAAAUCUACGAGUUUAUUGUAAAUGGGCUUUGCAAUGUGGGUAAGGUUGAUGCUGCUGUUUCCGUGGUGGAGGAAUCACUUAGGAAAGGCUUCUGUCUAGGGAGAGUUGUGUAUAGCAAACUGAACAACAGGCUGCUGGAGAUGGACAAAGUGGAGACUGCUUACAAUUUGUCAAAGAAAAUCAAACAUGGACGCACACUUGCUAAUUCACGCAACUAUUGUCGUGCUAACGGUUGGCACUUGUGA